AAGUGACAAGCUAGCUGACUGAGUCAGAAUGUCACAUAGUGAACGUUAGCUACAGUGUCCACUGUGCAAGUGUGACUCUUCAAGCGUGAACGAUUGCAGAGAGGAGUAAAGGAGCAGUAGCUAGCAAGCUAGGUGGCCAAUAUAAGUGUUGAACAGGGCACGACAGAUUCACGCCAACCGAAGGCAGUCUGAGUGGUGUCAUUUGUAGACCCUAGCGAGUGGAAUGGCAGCUCCCCGGCCCAUUAAAGGUAUUCUGAAGAACAAAAACAGCGGGACAAGCUCCAAAAAAGGCCCCGAGGUGCUGCCGGUGGAGAACCAGGAGCAAGCGGCUCUUGGACUUCUGGAAGAUGACCAGCAAAAGAAGUCCCAGAAGUGGGAUGAAAUGAACAUCCUGGCCACGUACCACCCAGCCGAUAAGGACUACGGGUUAAUGAAGAUCGAUGAACCCAGUACACCAUACAACCGCAUGGUGGGGGACGAAGAUGACGAAGCUCUGAGCGACUCGGAGGCAAACACGGUCCUCACAGCGGAUGACCUCGCUAAGAAAUUGGCGGCUGCGGAGGGGGCAGAGCCCCGUUUCAUGAGGGAAGAAGAGGAGGAGAGCAGUGAGGAGGAGGAAGAACUCACCCCCGAGGAGCAAGCAAAAAAGAAGCAGUUCCAAAUGAUGAGGAAGAUGCACUACAACGAAGGCCUCAACAUCAAAUUGGCCAGACAGCUUAUAGCUAGUGAGCUUGAAGAAGAGGAGGAUGACGAAGAUACAGAGAUGAAAGAUGACACGGAGACGGAAGACAUCAGUGUCGAUCCCCCUCAAGAUGCGGACUCCUUGGACUCCUAGAAGAUGGCACACUCCAUCCACUUUUGACUCGACUCAACAUUAAUGUUAACAAAAGACACAGGUAGUCUCUUCAGAGCUGGUCAAAAUGGACACCGCCACAGGACCCUGCCAUUCACAUCCAUAUUUCCAAACACUGUAAUGCAAAGCAUAUCAACCCAACGGUUGUCUCCUCUGUUGCCAAGAGUCUUAUUGUUGUUGCUAAAAGGAGCAAGACCUGAAAACUGUUCUUACAGACUGUUACCCUCAAGCACUCCUCCCUGCCAGCUGUAGAACCAGUCCCAGUGUAUUCGGGGCAGGCACACCUGACCCAUGCUGCAGAGAGGGGCUGGAACUGCAUGGGGGUGGGGUGGAUGUAUGCUUUGUUUCUUUUUCCGCUCUGAAUUUCCUCUCUCUGAACCAACAAUCUGAACUAUUUGACCGAUAAGUAGCUGCGGCAUGUCCAGAAGUUUCCUUUUUUCCCUCAUCCUUGUCUCUUUUAUGAUUACUGAUUAUUUUUUUUGUCUUUAAAUCAUUUUACUGUUGCAAAAAGACCCUUAUCAAACAUCUUACUCGCUGUACACAGCCUUUGGGCGGACCGAUACAAGGUGAUCUAUCAAUUUUUUUUUUUUUGGUCAUCUGACUUGAAAAUUUGAGUACAAUGUUGGAUGCCCUUUCAAAUCCUUUGAAACUAAUUUCUUUGGUAGUAAUUUGAUUCCUGUGUGUGAUUUUUGUGAAAGUGAGGCACUUUGUAUAGGUUUGUAUUGGUCUGUCUCAUGGGUGUUAAUUCCUUCAGUGAUUGUUAUAAGCAAAGUGCACUGUAGUCCAGAAAAAGAAAACAUUUGUGUUCCCAUUGUGGCUUUUGGCUCAGGCUAAUAUUGUGUCUUUCCUUUGGUAAGUAUUUAUUUUUGGUUAAGUGAACUCCUUUUUACUGUAUGGAGGUAAGGACAGGCCUUAUUUUUAUUUAAUUAUAAUAAUCUUUUCCAGUCUUGCAUGGCUUGAGCCAGUUCAAAAUGUUGUAUGGAAACCUCAUUAUAGGAGCAUGAUGGGUAAAAUGUGACAACACUCCCCUGUAUUAGCCUCUGGUUCUGCUUUGUCAGUCCCCUGAGUUUUACGGGCCAUUUAAAAUACAUCCUAGAAAAGUAACCUUGAACUUUGAACUACUGACAAAUGGAUUGCAUCCUGUAGGGUGUUGAAUUGCUACUGACAUCGUCUUUCUGAGAAUGGUAUAGUAGUGGGAUUAAAUCUUUUCCAUUGAAAGUUGUUAGGGAUUUUUAUGCAUAUUAAUCUGAUGAUUUUGCCUUUCCUCUUGUUCUUUGAGAGGCUUUGCUUUAAUGUGUUUUCCUGCUUUGCACACAGUUUUUUUUUUUUUUGCCAUGUUCCUGGACUGUUGUAGCCAGUGUUACAAAGUUAGCCAUUUUUCUGCAUCUAGUGACAUUUGGAAACACUGUGCACCAUCUGCAAUACCUGUUGGAUGCUAAAUAUUCUGUGUUUACCAAGUUAUAUUUCCACAUAAAAUAUAUAAAUGCAGAAUGCCUACAAAUGCAGGAGAUUACAUUAACCCAAAUCUCCUCUGAGACCCCCAGCCCUGUCACUAGCAGCUCGUCUUUUUU